AUGCAGAUUAGCACCUUAUUAAUUGUGUUUCAUAUUGUUAUGGGCUGCUCAAUUCUUCAUUUGGUUGGUUUCAAUACACUCGAAUUUCUUUGCAAUUGCAAUGGUUUUUUUGAAAUAAAAUUAAUCUCAUUAACAUUGAAUGGAAACGAGCAAUUUCAUCCUGAAUUUCACAUAUGCUUGAAAAAUUUUGAGCGCCUUAUCAAUCACAAUGGUGAUUGUGCUUACGGUAAAAUUAUAGUAGAUGCUAAUAUAUUUAGAAGAGGUUCGCAGAUCAAAUUGAACUUUACGUGGACGGAAUCGUUCACUUUGAUUACCGAAGCAUGGGAGGUUAAAAACAAAACAACAAAAGGAAUGUUAUUCUACAAUGCCUUCCAGAGAGAAAAAAUAUCAUCAGGUAAUCAGUGGAUAGAAGAAGUUUUCAAUAGGAAAAAUGGCGACAGUUUUCGGAUUGCUUAUCGAAUAAUUUGUGAUGAAAACUAUUAUGGACCUCGGUGUGGAAAAACAUGCACACCGUCUAAACAAAUCAAAUGUUUGAGCGAUGGAUCAGUAGCUUGUGAAUUUGGAUGGCAUGGACAGAAUUGUAAUAUCGCUUCAGCGCGAUGUGAAGGUUGUUUAAAUGGCCAUUGCGAACAGCCAGAUUCGUGUCGGUGUAAACCUGGAUGGACAGGUGCAAAAUGCGAUCAGUGUAUUCCAUAUCCGGGUUGCAAACAUGGGACAUGUAUAAAGCCAAAUCAAUGUAUUUGCUAUGAAGGAUGGGGUGGUCAUUUCUGUAAUGAAGAUCUAAAUUACUGUACAACUCAUGGUCCUUGCAAAAACGGAGCCACCUGUAGUAAUACAGGACAUGGUCACUAUACAUGCAGUUGCAUUGAAGGCUUUACGGGAAUCAACUGCGAAUCUCUAAUUUUGAACUGCAGUUCAAAACCGUGCCUUAAUGAUGGUUUGUGCAAAGAUACCAUAGGGAAUUAUACCUGUCAGUGCCGUGCUGGAUAUAUUGGCCGACAUUGUCAAAUGACUGCAAAAUCGUGCGAAGACAGGCCUUGUGAAAAUGGUGCCCUUUGUUCAGCCACUAGUGGAGGUUUUAAAUGCCACUGCUUGCCGGGAUGGAGAGGUGCCAACUGUGAUAAAAAGCUGGGACCAUGCAAUAGAACCACAUGUUGGAAUGGAGGAAAAUGUGUGGAGAAAUGGGACGGAAAUUAUGAAUGUAUCUGUCCAGUGGAUUUCAAAGGAAAAAAUUGCGAGGAGAAUGCAAAUGAAUGUACCUUAUCUAAUCCUUGUUUGAAUGGUGGUCGGUGCAUUGAUGAAGGGAACAAUUAUAAAUGUCAAUGUCGGGAUGGCUAUAGUGGCACAUUAUGUCAAGAUAAAAUAAAAACGUGUGUUAAUAAGCCAUGCUUAAAUGGUGGUCGCUGCAUAAAUCAUAUUGAAGGCGAUUAUCAAUGUCGAUGUCCACUAGGUUUUUUUGGAAAGAACUGUGAUAUUAAAAAAUCAGCAUGUACACCAAAUUUAUGCAAAAACGGUGGCACGUGCAUGGAUCAUAUUGAUAAAUAUGAUUGUGUCUGUCAACCGUGCUUCUCUGGAAAAGACUGUUCAAGUAUGAUAAUGGAAUGUAAAGAUGAUAACUCUAUGUUGGUUGCAAAUUCCACUUCCAGAGCUAAACAGGAACCGACUGUAUCUAAUUUACGAUCUCAAGGGGCCUUAAUUUUUUUAUUGUCUAUUUGUACUGUGUUGUUCUUGUUUGCAAUAUUGGUCUUUUUGUGGUGCAAACGAUUCGUAAACUCGAAAAGAGAUACUGAAGCCAUUACUCAAAAUGAUAUGAAUUCAAGAAAAUUAGCUCGAUAUUCCGUUCAGCAGACCAGUAGUUCAAUCUGCUGCAGUUACUCGGAUAUGAAUUACUUUGAACGUGAUUACCAUCAAAAGACUGUCGAAAAUCAGAAAAAGCCAGAAGCUAAUGAAGAGAACAAUCAACGCUACGGUACUGAGCCUAGCAAUCGAAAAGUGACCGCAAGACCUACAAUGUUAAUAAGCCCCACACCAAACACAAGACAGUCGUUGCAUAUAUCAGGCAAAAAUGCUUCGAAUAAUUUUGCGCUAUUGUCAACUCUAGAAAGUGGUAACUUGUAUGAAGAAAUUGAUUGUUACUCAUCCAAAGAUGUUGGCUAUACAACUAUUGAAGAUACAACGCUUGCAGAUUUCGCUCAGGAGGAGCAAGUUUCGGAGAGCAUGUGUAUUGGGUCAGAAAGGCGAGAUAGUGCCAACAGGGAUGAUAUUGCCGAUCUCCAAACUAAUCUAUAA